ACCUGGGGGCACAACUGUCAAACGUAUAAAAACGACUAGAAGAUUGGAGUCAAUCAUCAAUCCGUUCACAGCUUCCAAUCAUCACAUUAAUCAGUUCAACUAGAACUCCUACUUUGAAUUACAAUGGCAAACACCGUUCUACUCCUGUGCAUCGCUGUCGCCAUGGUUAGCGCUCUCCCCGUCGACGAACUCCGCCGUGAGAAAAGAGGCGCAGCUAUUGCCCCAGGUGGUGGUGGUGGAUAUGGUGGCGCGGCUGGUGGCAGCUACGGUUUCGGAUCGGCCGCCGGAGCUUACGGCGGCACUGGCGGAGGUUACGGUGGCAUCGAUACCGGAGCAGCCAGCGCUGCUGCUGCCGCUGAAUUAGCUAACGCUGCAGGCGUCGCUGGAAGCUCGGCUACUAGCGCAAUUGCGUCGGUUGUGCGCAGCGACUACAACAAACAGUUGGCCACCACUGCCCAGUUCGUCGCCCAGUACACAGCUCCGGUGACAUCUAACGAGCUGCACAAUUCCUUCAAUGCCGUCACUAGCCAACAGGCAGCAGGUGACAUCGCCGCAGCUUUGGCCGCUGCCAGCCCAGCCAUUUGGGCCGCUUCCAACACUGCCGCGCAAACCAACUUCGCUUCGGCUUUCCAGGUCGCUCAGUCUGGUUCGUUGGCUGCCGCCGCCCAGAACGCCUAUGCCCAGCAAUCUGUCCAGUUGGCUGGCUCCGCCCAGGCUGCUCAAGCUGCAGCAGCAGCUCAGGCUGCGGCUGCAGCUUCGGCCGCCAAGACUUCCAACGUCGCCAUCGAUGCCGCUGCUCUCCAAGCUAUCAGCGGAAUCACCGCGCUCGGAAACAGCGCCGCUUCCAACUUCGGAAGCGGACACGGUCACUACGGAAAAUAAUUAAUUAUUGUUUAAUUACUUUGAUUUGAUUGGUGACUUGUUUAAAAGAAAAAUGGGGACGUCUUUUCUUAUCCUCUGUUGUGAACUGUUCCGUCGUUGAUCGACACUAUUUGCCUUACACCUUCAAAAUUGUUCGAUUAUUGAACUAAGAUUUCUUCUUGCCUUCUGCGCAA